AUGCACGAUGACGUUCAGGAAAUGGUUGCAACCAUUAAGGAGCUACACACAAUUGUGGAAGGACAAAACGAAAAAAUUAAGGAGUUAACAACAAUGCUACGGAUGGCUAUGGGACGUACGGAUACCAACACUAACAUUGCAGAAGACAGCGCAAAGCAAGAAGGGCUAGCCAUCAAUGCCAUUGACGUCGAAACAGGACCAGCUGCAGACCAGCAGGCAUUCCCAACGUACUCUCUUCCAGAAAGGCUAAAAGACAUGGACAUCAAGGAUUCAUUCCAGCAAUGGCAUUUCCAGCAGUGGCAUACACAAAUACGCCGGGGUCGGACAAAACAGAGGGGCAUUUUGAGCCAACUUCGCUUUGGGAUCGAGUAUUUCUCACUUUUUCUUCCAGAGCAAGUACCUCCAUUACCUCCAUCAAUAGGGCACCCAAUGGAACUUUCUGCAGAAUCUUGGAGGCGACAAAUCCGCUUUCUCGCAAACAAAGCGUUUGAUGCCGUGACGGAAUUUUCUUGGUCAAGGGUUUAA